AUGGAAAUCUCUACUCUCGCAAUGUACCAUUGCCUUGCUUUUGUCUGGUAUUUUUUUGUUACCUAUUCAAUCACACACAUAAGAACAGAAGAGCGGCCAUCUGAAGUGUUCCUUUACGGUGGGCAGUGGAAAUAUUUGACAGUCCUCAAUCUGGUUUUGCAGGCUGUCUUCUAUGGGGUGUCCUUCCUGGCUGAUGUGUUGAGACUAAUUAAGAAACUGCGAUGUGCUAAGUGCGUAAUUUCCAGCAGAGACCUUCUUUUCAGUGUCCUGGCUUUCCCAGUGUCCACAUUUGUGUCUAUGUCCUUUUGGACACUGUAUACCUACAACCGAGAGCUGGUUUACCCCAAAAGCCUUGACGGAAUCAUCCCGCUCUGGUUAAAUCAUGCUAUGCACACGGCUGUAUUGCCAUUUGCUGUCCUGGAAAUCCUUGCCACGCCGCACCGCUACCCAGCAAAGAAGAAGGGAUUGAUCCUAUUAGGAUUUGUCGCUUUUCUGUAUAUCAGUUGGGUCCUGUGGAUUUAUUCUGUAACGGGAGAGUGGGUAUAUCCUCUCUUUGCUUUGUUCAGCCCGGCCGGGCUAGCAGCCCUUUUCGCCGGUAGCCUUGCCGUCAUCAUCUCUUUCUACAACUUCGGGGAGUUCCUCAACCGUAUGAUAUGGGGAGAUUCAAUAGUAAUACUGGACUAUAGGCGGAAAGGCAAGUGA